AUAACUUUAGACAUAAUAACCAGGUUAAAUAUGGCAAUCGUUACGCUUUUACUUAUUACAUUAGUCGUUGCAGCACCCUCAGCCUUUGCGGUGCAACACAUCGUCGGAGAUAGCAGUGGCUGGACAAAUUUUGGAGAUUAUACUACAUGGGCUUCUAGUAACACGUUCAAUGUCGGGGACACACUUUUAUUCAGCUACUCUAGUAGUCAUGGUGUGGAUGUUGUAUCUAAAGACGAUUACGACAAUUGUGCAACAAGCAACGCGAUCAGCUCCUACACGGGCGGCUCAACUACCAUCAAGCUAACCCAACCAGGCCCAAUGUACUUUGCUUGCCCAUCAUUUGGCCAUUGCAGCACGGGAAUGAAACUCGCAAUCAACGUGGUAUCUCCAGGCUCCAGCAACUCACCAGCCACCACCACGCCUAGUAGUAGUGACAACAACUUAACACCGCCUUCGACAACUUCCCCAUCUACACCGUCAACCUCAACGCCUAGUAGUAAGUCCGCCAAUAGUGCAAACCAUAAUAUGGUUGUUGGGUUUUCUUUGAUUUUGGCACCAUUGUUUGUGCUCAUGUGCUAGG